ACUCCAUUCAUAGCUCACCACGCACGGUAUCGGAGAAAAAUUUGAAUGCAAAAUGUGCCUUAAACAAUUCAACGGGAAGAGUACAUUAAAAGAUCAUAUCAACCGGAUACACAGCUCACUAAGAAAAUACGAAUGCAAGUUUUGCAGCAAGCAAUUUAAAACGAGUCGAGAUCUAAGACACCACGGUCGAGUACAUUCCGAAAACUGGCCGUAUGCCUGCAGCAUCUGUCCGAAGCGGUUUAAGAGCAGCUUCGCACGCAAUACCCAUCAACACACCCACACAGGUGUUAGAUUUUCCUGCCAGCACUGCGAUAAAUCCUAUCCAUAUAAAUGCCAGCUUAGCAUACAUAUGCGAAAGCUUCACCCGGAGUCGGUUGCCGAAAACACGGACGGAUUCGUUGGAGUUAAAAUUCAAAAAAAAACUGGCAGCACGGUACUAGUGAUGGGUAAUCUUAGGCGGAGUCAUGGAUCAACUCCGAUUCCGGAUCAGUUCGGAUCAGUCCGGAUCCAUCCGGAUCAAUCCGGACUAUUCCGUUCAGGUCGGAACAAUCUGGAUCAGUCCGGAUGAGUCUGAACGAAUCCGGUAGAGUCCGGGCGAGUAGUUCAGGUUGACGUUGCAAUUGCUAAUUCCCAAAAUGACUGUCCAUUAGCAUUCAGUAAACUACUGAUGAGUUCAUUCACCUGCAAGUACGACAUCAAAUACGAUACAGUAUAAGGAUGGAAAUAAAUGAAUCGUAAUUUUCGCGGUACCGUGAAAAUCGCGUGUGACUUGUACUGUAAUUUUGUUAUAAAAUCUGACAAACAGGUGAGAUAAUCGCGGUUCGUGUAUGGACUCAUCCGAGGUCUGGUGACGAUUGAAAGUGCCGAGAUGGAAAUUUUUUAUCAAUUUGCGAAUCAAAUUACUUAUUUCACAUAGUUUACGCAAAAUAAAAUACAAAACUCGUUUCUCGAUAUGAAUUUUCAAACAAAUUUCAGAGUAAAUCUCAAACAAUACCGAAGUUGGGUAUCACUGCGCAACAGCAGGCACGACUGGAGGCUCGAAAGAUUUGGCAACCUAUUCUUCAACUGUUCUACAACUGUUAUAAAGGCAAGGCGCAAAUUUUGCGGUACCGCAACGAUCUCGGUUCGUGUAUUCCCAGCCUAACCAUGUUAUUUCUAUUUUAAAUAUUUCUUUCUUGCAAUAAUAUUUACCUUUUUCGUCAGAUAAAAAAAACCGUUUUUUCUUGUACUUUCUAUAUACUUCCCAUUACAUUCAAUCAACAUUGAAAUAACCUUACUGUUUUUAUACCGCCAACCUAAACUACUCGCCCGUACUCGAUCUGACUCAUUCGGUCGCUGCCAGGCUCAUCCGAACUGAACCGAACUGAUACGCACUGAUCUGGACUGAUAAAGAUUCGGAGUCGACGAGUCCGGUGUUUUUUUUUUUCGUGCACCCAACCCCCUCCUCCCCGUUAAUACAGACCGAGGUAACUCCGAAUGCGAUUCGAAUGGGUGCCGUAGACGCAUCGAUCCGACUCCGGAAAUAAUCGUUAUUUACCCAUCACUACACGAUGGUGCACACUCUACGCAAAAUAACUAACAUUUGUCGGCUUUGUUUGUGCGAAGAGCUGGACAUCCUAGUUCCUGCCGAGGAUGUAUUCGAUUCCUCGCUUACCACGGAGGAUGUGGAACGCUUCACCGGUGUACAGAUCCCGGCCGAUGACAAAGUACCUUACGUGAUCUGCACCGAUUGUAGAAGUAGUUUAAGAAAAUCAGCUGCCUUUCGGAAGUCUUGUAUACGCAAUGAUCGACUCUAUUGCCAAUUGUUCUCGGAAUUGAUCGUCGAGAUUCGGAACGAAACGCAUCGAAAGCAACCUUCAACGAUUGUUCAUCACACCGAUGAUGAUAUCGAUGUUACGGUUUCCACCCAUCCAGUUCAUCGAAUGAAACUGCCUGCUUCUGAGAACAAGCAGAUAGUUAGAGCUGAUAAAAAAGAUUUGGAAAGCAUUGAAACGGAAGCCACCCCUUUAAAAUCAACACUCUCGUCUCCUCGCCCGGAACCGAUGGUAAUUGAUGAAACAAUCAACCUGCAGGACCCACCAAUACGCACUAGGAAACGACGCAAAAAGUAUGCGAAUCGUCAUGUGGAAUACCUGUGUGACAUAUGUGGCCAAACGACUACCAAUUACAAACGACACCAGCUGACGCACACGAAAGAAGUACGAAUCCCUUGCCCGCACUGUCCGGUACAGAUGACGGACAGCUCGAAUCUUGCGCGCCACAUCGAAGCCGUGCACAUGCAGCUGAUCAUUAAAACAUGCGAAUUGUGUGGUAAAGGAUUCAAGCAUCAUAACAGCUACAAUGGUCAUAUGCGUGGUGUGCAUAAUAUUGGGGAAAAAUACAAAUGCAAGAUAUGCUACAAAGAAUUCAACAGUACGCGUAGCAUACAGGAACAUACCAGACGUCGGCAUAGUAUCGAAUCUAAAUUUGAAUGCAAGGUUUGCGGUAAACGGUUCAAGUGUGGAAGGUCGCUGUAUAUACACAGACGAGUACAUUCCGAAAACCGGCCGUAUGCUUGCAGCCUCUGUCCGAAACGGUUCAAGAGCAGCUUCGGCCGCAAUACGCAUCAACUCACCCACACGGGCAUUAUAUUUUCCUGCCAGCAUUGUGAUAAGUCCUAUCGAUACAAAGCUCAACUUAACAUACAUAUGCGAAAACUGCACCCGGAGUUGGUUGCCGAAAACACGGACGGAUCUGGUGGACCGGAUUAGAAAAUGCAAACAAUAAAAAAUAAACUGGCAGCAUGGCACGCUGCGAUUUAAGAA